AUGUGGACCGGCGCCCGGGCUAAAAACCGGACCUGCUUCUCCUAUGGAUCUGGGGCUCUGGCGGAAGGCAUGGAGCAUCUCCGGGGCUUAAUUCUGGAAGACGGCCGGAACGGCACCAUCCAGUGCCCCCACAAUCAGUGCUGCUUUGGCAUUUGGAACCUGACCCAGGGUCGGCUCCGGGCACAGUUGAAAGGUUGCUGGAUCAGCGAAAAGGAAGCCACGUGCGACUCCCCGACCUGCGAGUCGCGAUCCGACGAGGACACGCUGACGUUGUCCUGCAGUUGCCGGGCUGAUCUGUGCAAUGGCAACAUCAGGCAUGACGGGAGGAGACGUGCUGACUCCUUGCGUCGUUCCACCGGGACCGUCUGGAUCAUCUCAACAUGCCUUGUUCUGUUCUUCCUUGGCUUCUUGGCGUUUCUAGGUCUCAGACUGUGGAAAGGCCCAGCAUUGCUAAUCAAACCAGAAGAAACGGGGGAACUCACUAAGAUCACAACAGGCAAGGAGAGAUGCAGCGAGAGGAAACUGCCCAGGCAAGAGCUUCCAGACCUCCAGUUCCACAAGGUUCUUCACGAGGGGCAGUGCUCUAAGGUGUGGCAGGGGGCAUUCCACCAGCAGCCUGUCGCCAUUAAGACCUUUCCUCGGUCUUGCUACCGGGAGUUUGCCUCCGAGUGGGCCGUGCACAGCCUUCCACUGAUGAGCCAUGACAACAUGGUACGGCUCGUGGCUGCUGGGAGUGGAGGGCCAGACAAAGAACAAGGUGGUCUCUUGGUGCUGACCCUGUACCCGUUGGGGUCCUUGCGGCAUUUCCUCACUCAGCAUGUUUGUUCCUGGGAUGUUGCUCUCCGGCUAGGAUCCUCCCUCGCCAAAGGCCUUGCUUUCCUGCAUGGGGAGCAGUGGAAGGAAGGUCUGCACAAACCCGGGGUGGCACACCGAGACCUGAGCAGCCAGAAUGUGCUGGUUCAGGAGGACAGGACUUGUGUCAUCAGUGACUUUGGCCUCGCCACGACUUUACCAAAGUGCCAUGAGCGGUGGAGAGAGGGCCCCACGGAAAACGUUGUCCGCAAGGCAGGGGCUCCACGCUACACUGCUCCUGAGAUUCUGGACGAGAGCUUGAACCUGCAGGACUUGGGCUCAGCACUGAGGCAGGCAGAUGUCUACUCCAUGGCACUGGUGUUAUGGGAAACCCUGAUGAGAUGCUCCAUACUCUUCCCAGAAAACAGUAUCCCUGAGUUCCAGCUGGCCUAUGAAUUGGAGUUGGGCAGCAACCCUACAUACAGCGAACUGAGGAGGCUGGCUGUCGAGGAAAGGCUGAGACCAGCCAUUCCACCUGCGUGGAGGAGGAUGGGACAGGUUUCUGUCUACCUACAAGAGCUUCUGGAGGACUGCUGGGACCCGGAACCGGAAGCUCGCUUGCAAGCCGAGUGUGCCCAACAGAGGCUGCAGAGGCUGGGUGCUGCAGACGGGGCAAAAGAGUGCUGUUGA